AUGACACCUCAAGAACUGGAACAAUACGUGCAAUUGGCAGCUGAUGCCUCCAAUUCGCAAAAUCAACAACAGGCCAUGUCGUUACUGUUUCAAUGGGUCUCCUCUUCCACAGACACUGCGAUUGCGGAUAUUCUGUUGGGCGUUCUGAAAGCGACACAGAAGGAAGUGGUUCUAUUCUACUGCCUAACUACGUAUCACCGACUUUCACAAACCACAGUAGAACAAAGAGCUGCCUUUCGCCAAGAACUGUUAUCACAGGUGAUGGGAAAUGGAAGUUGUUGGAAUCCUGUCUACAUUCGAACCAAAGUUGGAGUUUUGCUGACUAGUUUUAUUCAGGUAGAUUUCCCACAUGCUUGGCCGAAUGCGUUUAACGAAUUGCAAGAUCCCAGCCUUCUACAGGCUGCCCCUGAUAUUUUCUUGCGCACCCUUGUGACGUUGACAGAGGAAUUUGGAAAAGACGAGACAGAAGUCAAUACCAAGAUUAAGGACUUGUUGCGUGGCUUUACAGUCAACGAACACCAGCAAAACCAACAGCAACAACAACAGCCAUCGCAGCCAUCCGUGUCGCCAGUGCAAAGCAUGUCAGGGCAGCUUAUGGGUACAGUACUGCCAAUGCUGGGACAAUCUCUAAGAGCUGCAACCAACACGAGUUUGAAUACACAAGAAGCUCUUUCUAUUGCUCUCUUGUGUUUAUCAGUUAUUAAAGGGAUGAUGCCUUGGGUGGACUUGUCCCUUUGCCUGGACGAAACCACGCUGAGUCUCUUAUUUUCCUCAUUGUCACAGUCAGCCACUCCUGACUCAAUCGUCGCCGAUGCUGGAGUGACCGCUAUGGAAUGUUUGCAAGAACUGAUUAGUCGUGGGAUGGACGACGAUAAAAAAAUCGCCUUGCUGGUUCGUACCGGUGUGCUGGAACAGAUCAAUGCCACUGUAAACCUGACGGUUGUCGAUGAAAGCCCCAUUGAUGUAGUGAUGGAAGUUGCCAAAUUCAUCAAUCUAACAGGACUUGCGGUUGUGCCAAUGUUUUCUCAACAGCAGAAACAAGAAAACCAUCCAAUUUAUGUGCAGAUCCUUGAACUUUUCUUCCGUUGCUUUGCCUAUGAUGAUAUUGAUGUAUCAGGGGCCGUGAUUCCUUUUGCUGGCCUGCUGGUGACAUCACACGAGAAAGAACCCUUGCAAGAACAAGUCUUUGGUCAACUCUUGAAUGUGACCUAUCGUCAAAUGAGAUAUCCUGCUGACUUUCAGUACGAUCACGAAGAUGACGACGAAGCCGAAGAGGAAAUGUAUCGCGUUGAACUUCGAAAAUUGAAUCAGAAAUUUGUCCGGGCUGCUCCCGAAGCAUGUUUGCAGUUUCUGUGUCAAAUCUUGUCACAACUCCCGAUGCCACUUUCAACAGCACAGACUCCCGAUGUUGAAGCAGCCUUGCGUUUGGUCUAUCAUUAUUGCGAGGGUGUCCGACCGCCGCCAGGAUUGAAAGUAGUUAUGAAGAAUGAAACCUUUCGUAACCUUCUUGUCCGUUUGCAUACCAGUGAUAUUACCUUUCAUUCCCACCAAGAGGUCCUAAUCAUGUACUAUGACACUUCGGUUCGGUACUACCCUCUUCUCAAGGAUCAACCUGAACUUUUGCAACUACUUCUGGAUGCACUGACUGGAAACCGAGGCUUACAGCAUCCUUCAAGUCGAGUGCGAUCUCGUUGUUGCUACAUGCUGCUGCGCCUCAUUCGAUCAAUUGGAAAAGGAAAAGCGGCCAAUAGCAGUGUUCUCCUCCCCUAUGUCGACAACGCCAUAGCAGGAAUCCUACAACUCUUGGAUACUAGUUCGGGUCAAUUACGAAUUGACGAUAUUCUGAAUCUGUUCGAAUCGAUUGGUCUGCUGCUUGGCAAAACUGGACUGGACCCAGCCAAGCAACAGACAUUGCUGACACAAGUGAUGACGCCACACGUGCGUUCCAUUGAACGAGUUUUAGAGCAGGGCCAAUCCAUUGCUCAGAAUCCAGAUGCACACGGUGAAAUGCUUGCUGGGUCCAUCGCGGCAAUUGCCUACCUGUCUAAAGGAUUCAAGUAUCCUUCCGAAGGAAUUCAAAUGGUUCUGGUCGAAGCUCUUAGGAUCAACAUUGCAGUCCUGGAAGCUCUGCCAUUCAAUGACGACGUCCGUAACAAGAUGUACAUUUUCGUCCAACGCAUGAUCCUUUGCUUGGAAGAUAAGAUAAUGCCUUCAAUGCCACGAAUUUUGAGUUUGGUGAUAGCCCACUGCACAAGCGAAGACAUUCUUGAUGUGGCCCAAUUAUUCAAUCAGCUGUGUAUCAAAUACAAAUCAAAUGCAGUGCCAGUCCUUGAUGCCAAUUUGCUACCAUUUCUUCAAAAGUGUCAAACCCUUUCCACCAUGUCGACCGCCGCUCCAACACCAGAGAAUGGGGUUGCUCCACAUCUUCGCACGGAGCAGCUUUCCAUCCACAAGUUGACCUACGCCUCGAUGCAACACGUUGCAGCCUACCGAGCCGAGGCCAUCUUUUUUUCUCCUACCAACUCAUCAAACUUUGAAAACAUAUUGAAUUCCAUGCUGGAUGGCGCCAUCCACGCAGAGGAUCCGCUCAUGAAGAAGACUUGCAUUAUGUUUUUCAAGGAUCUUUUGGACAAUUGGACAGGAGGAGGGAAUCAAAAUAAUGAUGCUUCCAAUCAUGCCCCAGUCGUCGUGACACCUCCACCACAGGGUUUUGUGGAAGGAUAUGUUCGCUUUGUGGUUAACUCUCUGGUAUCGGGUGUAGUUGCUUCGUUUUUGGAAGAGAACUUUAACUGUGAGGAUGCCAAUCAAUGGCGAAGCGUCUCGGAAUUUGCGGCCAUUUUGGAAGUCUUGCGCGAACGACUUUUAGAUUUAUACCUCCAAGAGGUACUGAUGGGCAAGUUUACCAAUACCUUUCGAUUCUCGCAGGCAGUGGUCGAAAAUUUUCGUUUGGUAAGCAAUCGAAAGCAAAUGGAAACCGCACUAAAGAACAUGAUCAAGACGCCACGAUGA